AUGACCAGGAUAGAUAACGCAUUCAGUGAACAUCGCCUCUAUGUGGACCCCGAGGCUAAGAAGAUUCGACAAAAGGGCAGGAGCUUUAGCACGAAGAAAUAUGCCUGCCUUUUGGAUGUGGGAGUGCUACGUAAGGCACAUGCUUGGAAUGAUGAAUGUGACAAAGCAUUUGAGAAACUCAAGGAGUAUCUGGAGAACCCGCCACUCCUUAGCAAAGCAGAUCCAAGAGAGGCCCUAAAUGUAUACCUAGUAGUCUCCACACACGCCGUUUUGGUACCAUUGAUCCAAGGAACGAAGGGUUUCCCGGAGUACUACACCAGCCAAGAAUUCCAGGGAGUAGAGGUGAGAUACCCUCAGAUGGACAUGCUAGCCUUUGCACAGGUGGUGACGGCCUGGCAUUUAAGACCAUAUUUACAAGCCCACCCAAUCAAGGUGUUGAUGGAGACACCUCUAAAGAAGGUCCUGCAGCAGCUAGACGCCUCAAACCACCUAGUGAAUUGGGCAAUUGAACUAAGCGUGUUCGACAUCGAUUACUGUCCCCAGAGUGCUGUAAAGGGAAGUGUUAGCCGACUUUAUAGCUGA